CUUUCUAUACCACCUUCAAGAUGGAAGCUGGACAGUUGGUCUACAAGAACGUCCUUAAAUAUGUCCCGUCUGUCCACAACAGUACAAUUCGGAGAUCUAUGCCAUUCACUGUACCCCUUCAGUGUCGUUACUAUAGGUAUCACCACGUCUACAAGCACGGUAUUCGUCCGCUUUGGAGGAAUCAAACUCGCUUCAAGAGUCUCCAGUCCCCGAACAGCUUUGCCCUAAGAAUAAUUAAUGGUGAUUGGGUUCCUGAUCACAUGAUGAAUACAUUCUACCUUGGACAGCCCAUACACUUUGAAGCGACUACAAAUCUCACUAUUCCUGGGACUAAGCUUUUCAUCCACAGCUGUUAUGCAACAGCAUCUCCAGCUUUAAAUUCAACCCCCAGAUAUACAGUGAUUGAGAAUUAUGGGUGCAUGGUGGACAGCAAGUAUGAAACCUGUAGCUCCCAUUUUGUGCCUCCCAGAACCAAGAAUACAAUCAAUUUCUUUGUUGAUGCUUUCCAGUUCAAUGCGCUGUCCCCCAUGGUGAACAAGUACUACAUGCACUGCACAAUGGUGGUAACGAGCAACAGCAUGAUAACGCAGAGUGCCAAAUCUUGCCACUAUGAUAAGAGCAUGAGAAGGUGGGUGGAACUUGAAGGUAACCACCGUGUCUGUUCCUGCUGUGACUCUGUGUGCAUCAAUGAAGAUGCGACUUUGCCUGUCGGUAGUAAAAGCACCAUAAGCAGCGAUGCCCUGCUGGUAAUUGAAAAGCAGGGAGGUGAUGUUGAGGCAGAAGGCAAGGAAGAUCAUGAGCCUAUCCAACAUUCGGAAGAGACCUAUGCUGACACCAGGGUGCCAGAGCACAGUGACCCUGAGAACUAUGAGGGGGCUGGGGAACCUGGUGCAGAGUAUUGGUGA